AUGAUCAUCAUCAUCAUCAUCAUCAGACCCACCACUGCUUAUUAUACAAUCUGUUUUCUAUUUUCAGUAAAUAUACCGGUGUUUUCUUAUGGAGCGUCCAUUGGGUGGAUGUCACCAAUGUCUCUUCUCUUGCAAUCUGAGGAAUCACCAAGGGCUGUUCCUUUGACUGAUAUUGAGCUCUCAUGGAUGGCAUCAAUUGCCUAUUUAGUAUGUCUGCCCGGUUCCUGGAUACUAGCUAUAAUAGCAGAUAAUAUAGGACGGAAGAAUACACUGUUUAUCAUUUCUCUAUCUGCUCUUGCUUCCUGGACGCUACUCCUGUGCUCUGUAGAAACAUGGGCUCUUAUAACCGCAAGAGCCUUGGUCGGUGUGACCAUGUCUGGUGUGUAUGUAGUCUGCCCCAUAUACAUUAAAGAGAUCAGCGAUGACUCUAUUAGAGGCAGUUUGGGUUGCUUGAUUGGAGUGUUCCAUACCGUGGGCAAUUUAUUUCUCUACGUGAUUGGAGACAUGCUCAACUACAACACAAUUCUCUGGAUUUGUCUGUCAAUACCGUUUAUUCAUAUGUUGAUAUUUACGACUAUGCCAGAAACACCGUCGUACCUUAUGAAGAGGGGGAAAGACGAGCAAGCAGUAAAAGCAUUGGCAUGGCUGCGUUGUAAAUCUGAAAAUGACGUAGACGUAAUUAAAGAGUUGGAACGUAUGAGAAAUGAGCAAGAAAAUGAUGCUGAAGCUAAUAAAUUCCUGCUUAAAAGUAUAUACAACAACAAAAUCCUCUUCAGAGCAUUUUGCAUAGCUUUGAUAGCCGUAUUAGCAAGAGAGGCGUGCGGAGCUGUUCCAGUUCUGAACUUCGCUGGAGAAAUCUUCACAGUAUCGUCCGAAGGUUCAGGGUUAAUCCUGUCACCAAAUCAGCAAGCGAUUCUGUUGGGUGCUGUGCAAGUUUUGGGGUCUGUAGUGGCGAGUAGUGUUGUGGAAAAAACUGGAAGAAAGUCCCUCAUGUUCUUCACAUCCCUGCUCUCUGGAAUAAGUAUGGGUUCGUUGGCAACAUGGUUCCUGUUGAAGGAACUGGGUGUGUACGCGACGUCCUGGGUUCCUUUGCUGACACUUUGUAUGUGCAUCUUCUGUGAUUCAGCUGGACUGCAGCCUGUUGCCAUGGUGGUAGCUGGUGAAAUAUUCUCGUUCAAGUACCGAGGAACAGUCAUGGCCAUAGCCAUGUCCAUAGCAUCAUUCUCCGACUUCAUACAGCUUCUAUUCUUCAAGCCGCUCGCCACACAAAUCGGUAUCUACGUAGCGUUCUACUUCUUUGCUGUUGUCUGCUUCUUUAUUGGUGCUUACGUCAUCUUCGUCAUCCCAGAGACCAGGGGAAGAACGCUCGAAGAUAUUUAUGGAGAUUUGAUCAAGAAGAAGGAUAGAAUAGUUGUCGCAGAGAAAUAUGUUGCGGCAGAACCUUGA